AUGGACCUCAUCGUGUCCCUGAAAACGGGCAAGGCCAGGCAGCAUCCGCAGCGCCUCGUGUACACCGGCGCCCUCCUGCUUCUGCUGGGCGGCUGCCUGCUCGCCGCCCGCACCGUCUACAGCGGCCUGCUGGGCCUGGGCCGCCUCGGCUACCGGCGCUACGCGCAGCACGCCGAGUCCGGCCCCAGCUCGCGCUGCGACGCCGCCGCGUGCCAGCUGCCCGCGUGCCUCUGCAGCGGCGCGGCGGUGCCGGGCGGCCUCGACGCCCGCCUCGUGCCGCAGGCCGUGGCGCUCGGCGUUCAGGGCGUCGUGGACGAGGCGACGUACGUCGGCGUGCGGGCGCUGCUCGCCAACCGCUCCACGCCCUCCGGCUGCCCGGCGCGCGCCACCUUCUUCGUGUCGCACGUUCAGCCCGCGGCUCCGGACGUCGGCGACGCUUCGCCGGGUGGCGGCGGGGCUGCCGGGAAGCUUCGGUGCACCAACUACUUCAGGGUGCAGCUGCUGCGCUCGCAGGGCCACGAGAUCGCGGCGAGCGGGCUGACGUACCGGCUGCCUCCGCGCUGGUGGUCGGCCAACGCCACCUACAUGGACUGGGUGGAGGAAGCGGCGGGGGUGCGCGAGACCCUGCGCGCGUUCGCCAGCAUCCUCGAGAGCGACGUGGUUGGAUUCCGCGCGCCGUUUCUCGAGCAAGGUGGCGACACUCAAUUCCAGGCGCUGUACGAUCUCAACUUCAAGUACGAGGCGUCGCUGACGGCGUCUCGCGACUCCACCAGCAGGGACCCGCCGCUGUGGCCCUACACGCUGGACUUCCGCAGCACGCAGGACUGCGGCGCCCACCUCUGCCCCGUCAACAGCUUCCCGGGCCUCUGGGUGCUCCCGCAGCCCGAGUACGGGGCCAUCAACGGGCGGCCGGUGUUCCACAUCAGCGAGAGGCUUCGCGCGGGGCACGGCCAGGUCUACCGGCUGCUGAUGCGCAGCUUCCACCGCCACUACAACCUCAACCGGGCGCCCUUCGUCGUGUCCCUCUCCUCCUCGUGCUUCUCGGGCACGGGCCGGGCGGUCGCGGUGCUGCGCGAGGUGGAGCAGUUCCUGGACCACCUCGCCGCCUACAAGGACGUGUACCUCGUGCCCGUCUCCAAGGUGAUCGCGUGGCUAAGCAGGCCCACGAUGCUGGAGGACAUCGCGCACUUCCCUCCGUGGCGGUGCCGCGACGGCGGGGCGCUGCCGCCCGCCUGCUCCGAGGGGGACGUCACCGUCUGCUACUACGACGAGGCCAACGCGCUCAUCUCCGGGCUCAUGCCCGUGUUCGCCAACGCCAACAUUUUCAAGAAGCUCGUCUCCUGCGUGACGCCGUGCCCGCCCUUCUUCCCCUGGUUUGGGAAUCCCAAUGGACAGUGAGCGAGGCCCCCUAAUCAAGCUUGCGAUGGAAGUGCCUGCUCUCCACCGAACUCAUCUCAGUUGGUGGGCCCCAAGCCAAUGCUGAGGAGUAUUGUGCAUUGCAAUGCUGGUGAUGGUUGUUGGGGUUGUGGCCACUUCCUCCCGAGGAUAACCAGGCACGAAUCCCCAAAUGUUAGUAGUUUAAGAAGUACGUACCCUUGUGUCAUAAGACUCCUGCUUCAUAACACAGCAGGAGCUGUCCACCUCUGUUAAGCUCAUCUCCCUUGUUAUUUUCCAAAAAGUAACAUUUUUCCCAAUUAGGCACAGAUGAGAGAAAUAAUGCAUAAUUUAACAAACAAGACACUUUGGAUUAUGCUUGUCUUUUUUGAGUGUUUUCUGUCAUUUUACUUUCUGGGGUAAUGCCAAAAAAAGUAUAUAAUGUAAAAAACGAAAUGGAAAUUUAGAAACAGCUGGUUACUUGAUGGGGCCUCAAAACGCACGAGAAUUAACGUGUCUCUGGGUCACAGGGCCAAUAUCAUCUCUCACUCGAUUGAGUUCCACGUUUGCCAAAUAAACGUUGGUGCAUUGAGAUGGGGAGCUUGAAACCUCACGUAAAUAUACAAUCCCAACAAAACUGUUGUAUAAAUCUGCGUUGCUACGAGGGACUUGUCCUCUGCAAAACCCGCACCAAGUGAUGUGAGCUGCCGGCCGAGGCUUACGCGCCCCCCCCCCCCCCCCCGGGCAGGGCCGCUAUGCGAGCGCGUGGUCUCAGCGCGGCCUGACUCCUGUGCGCCUCCCGUAGGGCGCUACCGGUGCUGCUAAUGAUGACCGUAAAUACUCUGGAGGACAAACGUGCGUCUUGUACAGCGUUAAAGAGCUCGUGCACGUCUGCCUGAAUUUACUUCCUGGCUUUAAUGGCACCAAGAAAAUGUUUACCGACUUCAAAGCAGGUGUGCUUCCCCCACGUUUGCAUAAGUUUGGUUAUUUUAGUCAAAGUCAGCGGUGCCAAACAAACUGCAUUGUGCCAUCCGGUCUGCCCUUUCGUCUGUUUGUUCAUUAGUCAUUUGCCCUCAUACAGGCAUUGAAUUCCCACUGGAGGUCAUUCAGAGGAAUGUUGGCAAUCAUAUGGUCAGUGUGUUCACAACGGAGCCACGUUGCUUAGGGAUGACAUUUAUGUCUGGCGAAAUAUCAAAGGCACACAAUUGAUACUGAAGGCAAUGUAACAUGCAUUGCAAAAAAAUAUCCCUUGUAUAUCUGUGGUAUAACUCAAAACAUAUUCGGGAAAAUAACUUCCAUUAUAAUAUCCAGCAGGCUGGAGCUGCAAUUGGAGUGCACGCCUCUCAAUCAGAAUGUUAUGAAUAUCAGAAUCAGAAUAUAUUGUUACUGGGGGAAUCUGAUGAGCUAUGAAGCUCUUUUUCACAGAUGUCCAGUAGAAUCAGUUAAUCUAAUUAUCAUCGUCAUCCUCCUCAGGUUGAUAAAAAAAAUGAGUACCAUUCUGCAGGAGAUCAAUCGUAUUUGUCUUAUUAGGCCAUUGGCCAAAGUGAACAAAUAAAAGUGCGGUCGCACAUUUGGUGAGACA